AUGGUCGGUCCAACCGUCAGCACACGCGAUCGCCUUCGUCACCAGCAUGUCCCGCUUAUCUCGCCUCCGGACGAGGACGUAGUCCAGCAGGUGCCACUGACGCGACCGAGGAUGCCUCCAGGUGGCCUUCUCUCGCUCCGGCAGACAGAAGAAGGUGUUCGUCAGAAUGAGGCGGUGUUCUGCGCAGGUGCGGAGAAGCAGCAGUCCGUUGUCGUUGGAGCCGCGGAGACCAUGGGACCUAGCACUCCUCUCCAGGCAGUAUGGUCUGUGCCGACGCGGGCGUUGAAGUCACCAAGGACAAUCAACUUGUCCGCCUUCGACACAGUCGCCGAGAGGGCGUGCAGGUCCUCAUAG